AACCACGAUUCCUCUUCGCUUGCACACAAAAGUCAAGAUCUACUCUGACCUUCUAACACCAUGUUCCAAUCAGUCUGUGAUUGGAACAUGGUGGAACACGAUUUGAAGGAAGGAAGGAAGAAAGACAAUUUUUGCGUUCGAAUGUUGUCAUUACCUUGAUCGCUCACACGAUUCAAUGAGAUGAUCUGAUUGAAGAGGAUGCAUGCUUUUCCCCGCGCUAGCCAUCGUAGGGUCUGUCUUCCCGUUGGUCUUGAUGCAGCUUGAUUCGCAGUCUUCCAGUACAACUAAAUUGGGGUGAUAUUUGUGUGUUCAAGAAGUCUCCUGCCGAGCACGCAUAUGCCCACGAGGGAGAGCCGAGCUUGCGGAUCAAUGAGAGUGUGGCUCCUGUAGCGCAUGCCAAGUAGUAAAUGUUUCUUCCUAUGUGACAGUGGAGGACAGAAUGGAAGGUGCAGGUGCGUCCAUCGUCAAUCAAGCUGCUGAACUUGCAAAACGGGAAAUGGACUCCGCAGACGAGGAACCGGAGCUUCCCUCCGCCAUCCAGGACCUUGUACGGCGGCUCGGAGGACAAGGCGAGCCUGUAACGAGACUUCACAAUUUAAACCGGCCACAAUUUCUGGAGUUCUUUCCGAAGCGCGCAUCGCUCUCGACAAUCACAGGGUGGCAAAGCCAAGUGCGCCUUCGAGUGCUGGAGUCAAUCGCCAGCUGCAACACCCUUGAAAUUCUCUACCCGGGAGAUAUUUUUGUCAGUUUUUUCUCAAGGAGAGAUAUAUCGAGGUUGACGGAUAGCGAGUGGGAAUUAGUUUUGAGACGAUUCAGGCAUAGCACCGUUCUACGAGAGAUACACGUUGAUACACAAUUGACUUCGGGUUCAGAUGCGGAAGUGGAGAGCUUCUGGUUACAGCUGGGGAGAAUUCUGAACUACUCGAGCGUAAUAGAAUUGAAAUUGAUCUACACCAGAUUGACUGCCAGAUGUUUCUUGAAUCUCGCAUCAGGACUGCGAGGACAUUCCGAUCCUAAACUCCAGUCUUUAAUUUUAUAUUGCGCGUGGAAGGACUCGAGUGCGGUGAAGCAUGUGGCUGACAUGAUCAAUAGUGCUCCUCUAUUAGAAACUUUGAGUUUAGGCGGCUAUUAUAACGACAUGGAUGAUGAGACCCUUGGAAUCCUGUCCCAGGCUUUGAUCCACAGCUCCUCUUUGAAAGAAUUUAUCUUAGAGAUUGUGGACUGGGGAACGGCCUUGUUGCUGAAAGCAUUGGCCGGACACGAUCGCAAUCGAUCCAUUGAACGUCUUCGGCUGCUGCGUGUGGACUCGGAUAGACUCGGAGACUGUUUAAGGGAACUUCUCAUUUCCAACCCAUCAUUGAAGGAAGUGGAGUUGCGCUUCUUGCAGAAUCGGUGAAAUCGGUGAAAUAUGAUUUCACCGAUUUCACCAACUCGGUGAAAUCAUACGUGACAACGCUGUAGCAACAACUAUAGUUGUUAGGUUUGACUUCAAAGAUGAUAACUGGAAGUCAAUAGAAGCUUUUGCGCGUUCUGCUAGCUCCGAUGUCAAGGACCCCACAGUGGAGCUUGAACUCCAAGACUUCUAGUGAAGAUGAAGUGAUGUUAUCAUUAACCCUAUUAGGUAGGGUACUGCGCGGGGAAAUCAAGUCUCUUAGUAUAUUGGCGGCUUCUAAACAAAAAUUUUUCAAUCUCAGUAUCCUCCCGAUGAAGGGGAAAACUGGAGAAACUUCAGUGCUGAAGAAACUGGAAUUAUCUGUUCGAAGCAAAGAUCUUUUGAAGAAGGGAGUAUGGAAGGAUCUGCUUUGCAGCAUGCAAGGGAACCACCUCACUCACUUGGAUUUGUCUCACUCCGAACUUGACGAGGAGGCGUUCAAGGAUCUGAUGGGGCUCAUGCGAGUUAACUUGGCUCUCCGGGAAAUAGACGUCUCAUGGGGAAAGGCGGUGCAGAUUCAAGAGGCGUUACAGCAGAACCAGAAGCGUGCCGUAUACAUGUCCGUGUUUAGAGAGGCCAACUUAACCUUUGGAGAUGCAAACGGUGGUCGACUCUUCUUGUGCGGCUCUCCUCGAGCAGGCAAGACACAAUUGCGGAAAAACCUUAUGAGGAUAAAUCAAGGCAAAAGCGGUCUAGGUGUAACCAGUCUAUUCAAGAAAUGGGACAUAUUGUGGAGGACGAAAGGCAUCGAAGUGGAGUUAUUGCAAAACGAUGACAAAAUGCAAAUCUCAAUUUGGGAUCUUGCAGGACAAUGGAUUUUUCGUACCCUUCAAAAUGUGCUCUUUCCGCAAACCAACAAUUUCUGUGUUUUUCUUUUUGUGUAUAGCCCUUUUUGUGAGGAAACAUCUUCAAACAAACCAGACUCUUGUUUCAGAACUAAGUUGGAGGAGUGGUUGAGCUUCAUCACAUCUAGCACCAAGGUUACGGGACAUAAUCUUCCCCAAGUUUUUGUUGUGAUUUCUCACAAGGAUAAAAACUAGAUACAAUUCUUUGAGUUGGGCUCACUCCAUAGUCAAAGAACUUACAAAAAGAUUCGCAAAUUUUGUGGAUCUUUGCCCUAUUCCAGAGUAUUUUCAUGUGGAUGCUCGGAAGAAGGAGCAAGUUAUACCUCUUAACAAGCACAUUUUUUUGGAUUUUGACAAGUUGUUGAGAGAAAAAUCCCCACAAGUUCCCCACUUGUGUUUACAACUCAGCUUUCUCUUGGUUACAAACACCAAGAAAAACAGAAUUUGCCCUCUGUGGUCAUCCAAAAAGUUUCAUGAUUUUUGUGCUCCUAGCUUGACACAAUCUUUUCCACCAUCUUCUGCUAACUUUGUUCAUUAUUCAAGUAUAAUGGAGUCUAUCAUAUCCUAUUUGAAUGACGUCGGAUCCAUCAUGUACAUCCCCAACCUUGAUUACAUCAUUGUAGAUCCGAACUGGAUGACCAAUACCUUCUUGGGUGAGCUAGUAGCUUUGAGCCAACACUUUCAAGCUCAAGAGUUUAGGUCUUCUCACAAAACAUUGUCACGAUCCUCAUACACAAGCAAGGACGGAUUUGUGAGUGAGAGUGUCUUUGCUAAACUAAUAGAGGAGUUUCUGGGAAAGCAACCAUUCUUUCAAAAUGUGGAAAGAGAGGUGCUUGAAAACAUCCUUAUCAAUUUAGAUUUGUGUUUCAAGCUCGAAGAUACUUUUCAAUAUUUCAUUCCUUCCUUCAUCCCUGAGCAUGCAAGCAAGGAGGAACAUAAUCAUCAGGAAGGGGCGCACGUGAAGUCAAUGUAUUGGGCAAAUAGGAGUGAGACUUCACAGUUUGUCGGCAUUCGUAUUCAAUGUCAAGAUGGAAGAACAAUGUCACUGACUGCUGCUUUUUUCCCCCGCUUCCAGAUGUUCAUGAGACGCAAGUUGAUAUCAGAGAUGCAUGUUACCAAGGAGACUCUGAUCUGCUCUCGACAUUAUCUCCGACUUUUCCUUGACAGGCAUCAGAUAUAUAUCGAGCACGUUCAAGAUGAAAAUUCCCACAAAUACGUAGAUGUCCUGAUGUUAUGCUCGAGGCAUAAAUCAAGGGAGAUGGCUACUAGAUAUGUGAUGAAGCAUAUUGUCGAGGAGUUGAUAUCAUUUUGCACAUCACCGAAAGGAUGUCUUGGGGUGGCGCUAGUGCUCAGUGUGAUUCAAACGUUUUGCGUGGAGAUGUUGAUUCCGAGUCAUCUCAGAGGAGCCAUUUUGAUUGAGAAGCUGAAAUCGGACUUCAUUCAUAGCAUCAAUGACAAACUUGAGGAAAUGUCGUUGGAAAGGUCUCACUUGAUGGAGAAAGACGAGUUGUUUCACUAUGAGCACUGUUGGCCCCUGAUUGAAAGGCACGCUGGAGAAAUAUCCAAACGAGCUAGGGAUUUGUUGUGGGAGAGCGAUGUGGAAGGGGUUGUGAAUGAGAUUCGACAAGAACAAAUUCAACAAUUGGAGUCAUUGCAGGCACCUCUAAUUAGCGUGGACAAUGAUUUGGCUCAGUGUUAUCCUGAAGCUGAAAACAUGGUUAGCAAUUUGAAUUUCCCCCAAUUGAAAGACUACAAACCAUCUACAUCCAAGUGCUUGAGUCAGGCCAGCACAAAUGCGGAGAAUCAUUCGACCCGACUUGUUUUAUUCAAGAUCGAUCAGCUAGAAGAAAAGCUAGUACAAAAGGUUGAUGAUUUAGAUGAAAGGUUGAAAUCAGUGCAGAGCAUUCUGCAAAGAUUGGAGAUGAAGGUGAGACAGAUACUCUCUCUGCACCAAGAACUGCAGUCAAUGCUGAGUGCCUUCACGUCCAAAGUGGACAGAAUCAUUGAGUAUUCUCAAGGGCUUGCGCAUUCUAGAACUCCCAAGCGACCUUACGUUACUAACAAUGUUGGGCUUUUCUACAAAAUGAGUGCACAUCUUUAUAACGGGACAACUGUUGGAUUACACUUGAUGUGUGAGUCUGUAACUGGGUUUCACACUGUCAAAGAUCAAGAUGGUUUGAAGAUAAGAUUGGAUCGGGAGAAUAGCUCGUGGAUUCGGAAAACUAUUGAAAUUUUUUACAAAGUCAUGUGUUAUGUUGUGAAGGCUGGAUUGGAUAAGACCCUCAGUUUGGGCCAAGCGAUUCCCGACUGGGAAGAUCUAAAAUCUGAUAUUGUUCAACUAGACAAUAUUAGUGAUGAUGAUCAUAGGGCAUUUGUAAAAGGUGGGGAAAGCAAGGAGCUGCGAGAAGCAUGGUUGAGGAUUCAGCAAACUCUUGCGCCUCAGCUUCAAAAUCGCUAUUCCAAAAUCUUCAAGUUGUAUCAGGUGAAAUACAUGAGUUUAGAAAGAGGUGGGCAUGCAUGGGUGUGCGAGAAUUGCAUGAGUAAAGGCCUUCGUUGUGGAAUUUUGACAUGUUAGGAUUUUGAAGAGGUUAGAUUGCCACUAUGCAGUUGACAAGCAUAUGUUGACAGACCCACAAGCAAUAUACAACUCUGCAAUAUCUUCCUUACAGUUUUCAUAAGUAGAAGUCUUUUUCAAUCUUUGCCAUGUCAAUCGCACAGUUAUGUUUCUGAAGAAGAUUAGUGUUCAGUUAAGCUAUCAAGAUGACUUUUUGAGGGUAGAAAGUUCAUAUUGUCUUGUU